AUGGCUGCUAAAAGUACCAAAUGUUAUACUUAUGCCAAAGCAUUGGAAUUUUUGCGUCCAACAAUGGAAAACAGAAAGACUGAGAGCAAUAUUUCUAGUGAAUCGAGUAACGAAGAGUUUAGUGACCAAGAUAGUGAAAGAGAAGAUGAGUUAUUGAUGGUUGGCUUGAAUGAAAGUGAAGUAGCUGUUCAAUCUCCUUCAACCAGCAAUAUGUAUGUUAAAAAAAAAAGUAAAAAAAUAGAAAACUCCUUUGAAUCAAGCGAAAACAAUAAUUUAACAUACACCAAUGUCACAGAGUCCCGUGAAACUGAAAGUAACAAACGUCCAUACUCACCUACCAUCAGUAAAAAAUCAAAAACUAAAAGUACCAAAAAUGAAACAGCAUUUGAAAACAAAUUGAUUGACUAUUUACGUAAUAGACCAAGAGAAGAAACUGACCCUGACAAGUUAUUUCUAUUAUCAUUGUUGCCACAAAUUAAACAACUCUCACAGGACAAAAAAACUCAACUAUAUAUUUAUUUUUUAAAUGGCAUUCAACAAAUAAGUCAAAUUUCUAAUAAUCCACAAACCGAUUUUCAUUCUUCAUAUUCUCAAGGUUAUUCCCCAAGUCCCUCUCAGACACCAUUAAAUGUACUCACUGACUCAUCUCUUAUUUCACACCACAAUAUUAAUUCUCCUUAUCAGUCUCCCAUGCUUGCUCCUGUGCCUCAGCAUUAUAUGCAGAAUAAGCAAAAUAUACAAUUUUCUCAGGCUACCCAUUCUCCUGUAAAUCUGCCCCAAAAUCAGCCACAUACUCAAACACACCACAACAGUCUUUCUAGCUAUCACGAACAUUCUUAA